AUGGUCAAUGUGACGAACUACAAUUCAAUAUGGGCCUCCGAGCUGAGUACGCCAUCGGUUCUACACGCCUUAUGUGGCCUGUUUGGGAUCUGUCGGGAGGGGUAUGACCACCACCGGUCAACUCAAAAAGCGAUUAAACGAGCAGAAGAUCAAGUCGAUCCUCCGUCUGUCUCGCCAUCGCUCAUUCACCAUCCCCAGGGACCUCAUGCCCAUGAUAACCGCGUCGAUGAUGUUGUCUUCGAUCUUUUGUGUGUCAGCUUGGGAUUGUUGGCCAACUUGCUCGAACAAUCAACUCAAGCCACUGAUAUGUUGAGAGAAACUCGGAUCCAACAACCAGAUCGUCGUUCAUCGAUGACUGUUUCAAAACCAAACCAACACUUCAAGUCGAGUUAUGGGUUCGAAGAAUUGAUCAGAUUGUACAUCGAUCCUCCCUGUGGGAAAUUGGACGAGAAAAAAUUUAUCAGAGGGUCGAUUAGUGUUUUGAUCAACUUGACAUUACUCAAUGGCUAUGAAGAUGCGAACAUUGAUUUGGAAGAUGAUACUUACCAAUCGGUAAACGAGCUUGAGAUCAUCAAGAGUUUCAAGAGAGUUCUGGACCAAGUAGGCUUUAAUUAUGUUGAUGAUCAUUGUGACGAAGAGAAGGGUCACGAGGGAACUGGCGAAGUGACGGGCUUGGAUGUGGGACGAGAGAAUGGAAAACUGGCAACGAAGAACGAGAUUAUCAAGAGUUUCUUGGCCGACCUGAAACUCCAUUCCGGUGCCACCUCGGCGUCUUCCUCUCUGUCCGUCCAGGAUCAAUCAAUCAGCUCUUCUCUGCCCACCGAUCGCCAGUCAAAUACUGUUGACCAUCUGACAAUCUUGGCCGCUUGUUGGAAUCGGUUGAGAGUCGAACUCAUUUAACAUCUCAGCUAACCUCUUGUAUGUUUAAACUAUCCAUCCUCCUCUUUGAGCUUUGGCUGUAAACUGGGACUAGUUUUGUACUUUCUUUAAGUAUCACCUUUCAAGUUUCUUUGAAGGGGGGAUGCAGUCCCACGAAGCUGAUAUUUUGUAGAUCACUGUUGUAUGUCCAUAAAUACAUGUUGUGAUGUGUGUCUCUAGACCCAUACAUAUUUAUAUAGAGAAAUAACGCCUGCUUGGUGGUUCGGUUUUGUUAGAAUAUGCGAAAUCAGC